GAUUACAGGGUGUUUCAUAAUCAUUCUUUCUUGUCUUUUAUAACAAGUCUAAUUCAUCGACGUUUAGAAGAUUAUCCGGCAUUUCAAGUCGGACACACGUGUGAAAAUACACAAGCGUAUAUUUUAUCAUAGGACUUUGACCACUUUCGAAGUUUUUUAUGACGUUUUUGUGCAAUAAAGGAAUUGUUAUUCCACAAAAGAGGAAAAUUUAUUUACAAAGCUUCCACAAGGCAAAUUGUGAAUCCCAGGAGACUACUGGGGACAGAAGUUGUAUGAAAAAGUUCAAGAAAAAGUCUAGUUUCCAAACAUUUGAUCACAAAUUGUGCCUGUCCAAAAAUAGUAGAACAUUUUCUAUAACAAAUUCACAAUGUCUCUUGUUAACAUUAAUCGCAAAAAUGAUGAUCCAUUUUAUCGAUAUAAAAUGCCAAAACUUCUUGCCAAGGUUGAGGGUAAAGGGAAUGGUAUAAAGACUGUAAUUGUUAACAUGGUGGACAUAGGAAAGUCAUUAAACAGACCACCUGCAUACCCAACCAAGUUUUUUGGCUGUGAGUUGGGUGCCCAGACACAGAUUGACUUGAAAAAUGAACGGUACAUUGUGAAUGGUGCUCAUGAUGGUGAAAAAUUGCAGGAUAUACUUGAUGACUUUAUUCAAAAGUUUGUUCUUUGCCCAGCUUGUGAAAAUCCUGAGACCAAUUUGCAUGUUGAAGCAAAGAAGGAAAAAAUUGGUCAGAAAUGUGUUGCUUGUGGUUAUUCUGGUGUGAUAUCUUUGACUCAUCGUUUGAUCACAUUUAUCCUCAAGAAUCCUCCUGGACAAGAAGAAAAUUCUACCCCGUCAAAAAAGGACAAGAAAAAUCGACGUGACAAGAAAGGGCAAAACAACAGCCAGACAAAGAUGCAAAAUGGUAAUGCAAGUCCUGGUCAUGAAUCUAAAGGCAGCAAACCUGUUGCUGAUGCACCAUCUGCUCAAAAUGAUAAUUUUGGUGACGAUGAUUGGAGUGAGGAUACAAGUGAGGCAGCAGUAAAAGCUCGUGAACUUGAAGGAUUGUCCAUGCGUACUAAAGGAUUAACAAUGACAGAUGAUCUUGAAUUGACUGAACAAGAAAGGCUUCAACUUUUCUACACUUUUGUAGAGAAUAAAAAGAAACAGAACGACUUUGCAUCCAAAGCCAUCGUUGCAGAAGCCGAACGUCUUGAAGUCAAGGACAAAGCUGUACUUAUUUUAGCAGAAUUGUGCUUCGACGCAGACAUGGCCAGCCAAAUAUCCAAAUAUGCACCUCUAUUCAAGAAGUUCUUAAUCAACAAUCAUAAGGCACAGAAGCAUCUUUUGGGUGCUUUCGAGAUACUGGUGGGAAAAUCGUUCCCAAUAAAACUUAUGGUUAAAGUUCCUAGACUGCUUCAGUUGCUCUACGAGAAAGAUUUUGUUGAUGAAGAAGUUCUCUUGGAAUGGGCGCCAAAAGUUUCCAAGAAAUAUGUGAGUAAGGAAAUUAGUGGUCAAAUCCACGAAAAAGCAGCACCAUUCAUUAAGUGGUUACGAGAGGCCGAAGAAGAAUCAAGUGAAGAAGAAGAAGACGAUGAUGUUGACGUUGUGUAUGCUACAGCUGUCGAAAAGGAAAAAAUUAUGGCACAACAAAAAUUGAAUGAGUCAAAGGCUGAAGAAGAUGAUGGCGAUAUUGAUAUUGAUGAUAUUUAAUUUUAAAGCUUUUUGAAAAAUUAGAUACAAACACUUUUUGAUUUACUAUUUAUGAUUUUGAAAUGUAUGCGUGAUAUCGUUAAUAUUAAGAUUGUUCAAUUCAUUGCACUAAUUUUCAUCUGACAUGUUGUUAAUCCUGUUUUUAAAAAAAUGGCAAAUACUUGCAGAAAAGCUUUAAA